AUGGCUCACAAAUUCUGUUUUGAGGCACUUGAUCACAGUCUUAGAGAUAUCAUCAAACACAACUCAAAGGACAAUACAAUCUUUGGAGGUAAAGUCAUGGUCUUUGGUGGAGAUUUCCGGCAGAUCCUGCCAAUCAUUCCAAGAGGCAGCCGCUCUGAUAUUGUUAACGCAACAAUUAAUUCCUCUUAUCUAUGGGAUCACUAUCAGAUCUUGAGACUAACAAAAAACAUGCUUUUACAAAACAACAUGCAAGCAACAGAUCAAGAAGAAACUGCAGCUUUUGCACAGUGGAUUAUAGAUAUUGGUGAUGGUAUUAUUGGAGAUGAAAAUGAUGGCUAUGCUACUAUUGAAAUUCCACAGGAACUAUUAAUCACAGAAUAUAAUGAUCCUAUUGAUAGUAUAAUUAGCUCUACAUUUCAAGAUCUAUCUCAUCAUGACAAUGAUCCUGAAUACUUCGAAACCAGAGCAAUAUUAGCUUCCACAAAUGAAACAGUGCAACAAGUUAAUGAUUAUAUGCUUACAAUGAUACCGGAUAGGUAA